CCACAAAGCCCUGGGCUCCUCCUCACCAAAGCAAAGCGAACCGAGUAGGAAAAUCGAAACCCACUCUGCGGCCGUCCCUUUCGCACUUGGACAACUUCAACCCACGACCACCACAUUUUCCCACUCAAGCUUCUCGACUUUCCUUCCCUCCCUCCCCAAAGGUUACUAACCCCCCAAGGUCGAGCGAAAAUGUCUGACGGCGGCGAUAUCGAGGUCGAGAACGUGGGCUCCUACGAUGUCCUCCCCAAGGACGUCGUCAAGGAGGUCGGCAACGUCAAGCUUUUCAACAAGUGGGAUUACGAUGUUGAGGUCCGGGACAUCUCUCUGACUGACUACAUCUCCCUCCGCAACCCCGUCUAUGUCACCCACUCCGCUGGCCGCUAUGCUGUCAAGCGCUUCCGCAAGGCCAACUGCCCCAUCAUUGAGCGUCUCACCAACUCGCUCAUGAUGCACGGCCGCAACAACGGAAAGAAGCUCAUGGCUGUCCGCAUCGUUGCCCACGCCUUCGAGAUCAUCCACCUGAUGACCGACCAGAACCCCAUCCAGAUCGCCGUCGACGCCAUCGUCAACUGCGGUCCCCGCGAAGACUCUACCCGUAUUGGUUCCGCCGGUACCGUCCGUCGCCAGGCCGUCGAUGUCUCCCCUCUGCGCCGCGUCAACCAGGCCAUCUCCCUCCUCACCACCGGUGCUCGCGAGGCCUCUUUCCGCAACGUCAAGUCCAUCGCCGAGUGCUUGGCUGAGGAGCUGAUCAACGCCGCCAAGGGCAGCAGCAACUCGUACGCCAUCAAGAAGAAGGACGAGCUGGAGCGUGUCGCCAAGUCCAACCGGUAAAGGGUUCAUCUUCCUUCCACAUGUCACGUGGCUACGACGACUCUGUUGGCUGGGAACUUUGUGCUGUGUUUGGGGAGAGCUGUGGAAUACAUUGUCUCUUUACCAUCACGCUUUGGAGAUUAUGGGGGUGGGGACCUAUUGAGAAGACGGGUCGCCAUGUCCCUUGAGACGUCAAAAAACUGCUUUUUGGGGGACAAAUCAACGGAGGCGUGGUAUUACAUAACAGGGCAAAAUCAACGUCUUUUUUCUUCAUCGUCUCCGAAAAGAAAAAGAAAGCCGGUGUUUUUAUGCGCUGACCUACUUUGCAUUUGCGCGUUCGGGAUAUGGGGAACGCGGCUACGGCAUCUUGUCUCUUAAACGGCUUCUAAAGGUGGUUUUUCCAAUAAAAAGCCAAAGCUCGUCAGAGCAAAUGAUCAAUAUCCUCCGCGUUCCCCUAUCGGUGUGUCUUGGGUCUUGUCGAGCGUAACGUCAUCAUCCUACUUAUCCCGCGAGUGGUCUAUCUAACAGGGUCGGCGGCAAGCGCCUGCUAUGUGACAGCCAUGACAACGAUCAUGGACCCCGCCUUUGGGGAAUAGAGCCCGCCUCAAUCCAACGCCGCCAGGUGGUCGCCUGUGCAUGUCCGGCAUCCCAUGUGAAAUGCCCAGUUGAUACAACUCGCGGACUCUUCGGCCUUUUGUGACAUCAACAGACUCACAAUGUUGAAUAUCUAUUAUGGUUGACAAGAGCUGGUAGUGGAAUAAUGGGGACCGUGGUCCAAUUAGCAAGAAACCAUCGUGGAAAAUCGUUAGGUCAUGAAGAUCCCCAAGCCGGCCAACACGCCCGGCGUCAACCCAAGUCUUGAGGGCACCCCACUCCUCAUCACAUCCCCCCUUUUUGUCAUUCUUCUUCUCCAGCACUGUUGUCCAGUCCCAUAUCAUUCAUUCGUCC